AUUCCAAUUGGUUAUAUUUUGGUGAGAGUUCCCUGACAAACAACGUUAGUGAAUAGUGACCCGUCAGGUAUGCAGUCUGAAAUGACCCGACCGGAGUUAAUCCGGUUUCACCCAGGUGAUGGAAGUAGGAUGAAGAAGAUAGGUGGGAGAAAUCAGGUAGCAAUCUUGACUGGGUUGGGAAUGACUAUGACGAUUGGUCUAGUUGUGUACUCAAGGCUUUGGACUAUCGACUAUCGCAUCUCGUCCGACGAGACCGAACUAAUUAGGAGACAGUUUGAUCUUGCUAAUAGAGAAGCAAUGGAUGAAUCUGCAUACUGGAGAGGUAGAUAUGAUGCAGAGGUGGAGAAGGUCAACAGCUGCCAAAAGGAGCUACUUCAAGUUAAGUGGUCAUCUAGUUCAAAUGAUGAUGGCAAGAAUAGCAAAUUGGAUUCACUACAAAAGGAAAACAAGGACUUACGUGAAAAGAUUGGAUAUUUGAAACAAGAGCUUGGAUCUGAAAAGUUAAAAUGCAGCAUGAAAAAACCAUGAGUUUACUGUUGAGGGAGAAAACCUUAUCUAUUGUUAGCUAUGCAACAAGAAACAGGUUAAAGGAAUAAAUAAAUAAAUAAACAAAUAAAUAAAUAAACAGGACAUUGAAUUUAUACUAGUUUAUCGUUUUAUAUCCUUACUGGGAAGAAUAUUAAAUUGAAAAUAGAUUUGCCAAUUUAUUGGGAAGAAUAAACCCUUUUGAGUUACCCUCCUUUCUUCUCCAAAUCUAGAAUGACCUGCUUGAGGACUUUU